GCCGCUGAAGGUACAUGUAACUUUUUUAAACUUGAAAUGGCCGCUUUGUAUUCCUUGUGUGCGGUUCUUGUCACUCCUAAAUAAAUGAAGUGAAUGCAGCUGAUUUGUUAAUAUUUCAACACUGUUAUUAAUACACACUAUUACUUCAACACACACUCCUGCCGGAACGCUUCGGUGCAGCAGGAUAUGCUGUGAAUAAACAUAUAUAUAUAUAUAUAUAUAUAUAUAUAUUGCCACACCUUGCAACAUGUGCUGCAUAAUUAGACAGCCGAAGACGCGCGCUAGUCCACGCGCCAUACGCCGGCACCUGCUCUGACGGGCGCCAGCGAAGAAGCAGACAAAGAUACUCCAUCACGGCCGCUGGAUAAAAAAAGCACCUUUUUUUAUCCAGCGGCCGUGCUCCGAUCCACGCACGGGUGCUUGAGCUUUGCGUUUGAUCAGCUGGCGGUCAGAGACUCAGACACAACGCUUCAGGUCGCCUGCUCUUCUAAACGUGACAUUUCUGGUGGAGGUGCUGGGUAACCUCGACCUAUGCAACAGACCACUCCUAGCAGCAAGAACGUCAGCGCCAUACCGGAGCUUGCACCAGUGCAUCGUGCCAGUCGGAAAAUUCGAGGACUGGCCCCCGAGACUGUGCCGUCAACCAGGAGCACAAUGGCUACGGCGGAAGGUAUGGUUGCGACAUUACCAACUCAUUUAACGCUGCAGAACUCGCGAGUGCCACGUUCCUUCCACGGCGACCUUUCUGAAGACGUGGAAGACUGGCUGGACGACUUUGAGCGAGUGGCAGAUUGCAACGAGUAGGACAACCGAGCGAAAUUAAAGAAUGCGUAUUUCAGCCUCGAGGACGGUGCUCGCACCUGGUUCCAGAACCGCGAAGAGGCCCUGACAUCAUGGCGUGAGUUACGUCGGCAGCUCUUGGACACGUACGCGAGCCCCAAUCGCCGAAAGCGAGCAGAACGGGCCCUCCAAUCGCGUUCUCAGAAGCCCAAUGAAAGGGUUCUGAUGUACGUUGAAGACAUGACACGUCUCUUCAGGCGAGCCGACCUCAGCAUGCCGGAAGACAAGAAGCUCCGUCAUUUGAUGCGGGGUGUCAAAGAACAGCUCUUUGGUGGGCUUGUUCGUAACCCGCCGAAGACGGUUACCGAGUUCCUCGCAGAAGCCGUUGCAAUGGAAAAAGCGCUGCAGCAGCGGUCGAACCAGUAUGACCGGCAAGUGAAUGCUGCUUCGACAACCGUCGGUCUGGGAGCUUUCGCGGCUGACAUUGAAGUGCUCCGCGAGCUAAUACGAUCGGUAGUCCGCGACGAGCUGCAACAGCUGCACCGGGCGCAGCAGCCUACGGUCAACCACAUCGCUGACAUCGUGCGUGAAGAAGUGCAGCAUGCACUCGGGGUACCUCAACCUCGCCCCGAAAGAACACCCCAGGCGAGUGAAUAUCGGCGCACGACAUACGCUGACGCGUUGAGGCGCAGUCUCCCUACGUCGGCAACAUCCCCACUCGCGGCGACCGAUUUCCAGCGUGAGACGUAUGGAGACACAUUGAGCCGCUCCAUCCCUGUAUCAGCUCCGCUAAGUCCCGUUUCUCUCCACUCGGCACAGGCGGUACCUUACUUUCCCGACAACCGCCCUGUCACACGUAAAUCAGACAUUUGGCGCACGCCCGACCGACGACCGCUUUGUUAUCAUUGUGGUGAGACGGGCCACGUAUACCGAGAGUGUCACUACCGCCUACUUGGACUGCAGGGUAACGCUGCCAAUUCACCUCGACCCCGGUUCGGACAGAGGCCGCCCGAAAUUGAAGCGUUCAUCGCCCAUCAGCACGCGCCUCAGUCACCAAGACGCCAGUCGCGAUCGCCAUCACCGCGGCGAUCCUACCCAAGUCGCGAAGGCACAUCGAGGAUGACGCAGGGACAGUCUCCGAGCCCUCGCCUGGAAAACUGACGCCAGCGACCUUUCGAGGCGAGGCCGCUGAUGCGCGACGUGCUGAAGACCUCCAAGCGACCCGACCUCGACCCAACGCAGAUUCGACGACGCCUGUACCCACAGAUUUGGACCUCCAAGCGACGCGACCUUGACCUGACGGAGAUUUGACGACGCCUGUACCUCAGCCUUCAAACAAGUUCGCGAUGAACAUACCUGUGCUCGUCGACGGGAGAAAUGUCAGUGCGCUAGUCGACACCGGCAUUGAUUACUCAAAUUUUUAGCGGAAAAUUGGCGAGCCUUCUCAAGAAAGUUAUUAUGCCUUGGACUGGGACGCGAAUUCGUACAGCUGGCGGACACAUUAUGGCACCGCUUGGCGUGAGCACUGCUUGGAUACGAAUCCGAAAUUGUACGUUUCUCGCUAGCUGCAUUGUCCUGCGUGAAUGUUCCCGUGAUUUAAUUCUUGGAAUGGAUUUCCUCCGGGAAUAUGGUGCCAUCAUCGACCUCAGGAAGCGUUAAAUCACUUUCUCUGCGAGGAAAGCUACGGCACAAGAUGAUGCCUGCCGCCAUAGAGCCGGACUUCGCGUUUCCGACGACAGCGUGACUAUACCGCCCCGUUCCAGCGUUAUGGUUCAGGUGAUAUCUGAAGGGGCGCGCAACGGUCAAGUCCUAGCAGGAGGCAACAUGUCCCUUUUGCUGAACCUAGGAAUUUGCGCGGCACGAGGCAUCAUUGACUUUCGAGAUGGCCGGGCUGAAAUAUUGCUCACAAAUUUUACCAAUGAGCAUCGACAUCUUUUUCGUGGCACUGCCAUCGCCUACACUGAAGCCUUGGAGGACGUCAUUGAGUGUUUCGCUUCUGAAGAAACCGACACCGCCGAAGCCUCACUCGCCGGCAUUGACAUCAAUAACGAGCUGCUGCAGGAGAAAAAGAAGGCACUGCGACAACUAUUAUCGGAAUUCAAGGCGUGCUUUGCGUCUUCCUCUAAAGUUAGUCAAACGCCAAUCGCGCAACACAGAAUAAUAAUCUACGACGAUGCGCGUUCUAUCCACCAGCAGCCGUAUCGUGUCUCGCAAAAAUAACGCGAGACAAUCAAAGCACAAGUAAAGGAAAUGAUUGACGAUGGCGUCAUCCAGCCUUCAAGCAGUCCGUGGUCUUCACCGGUCGUACUCGUCAAGAAGAAGGAUGGCACGCUUCGCUUUCGUGUUGAUUACCGAAAACUCAACAACGUCACAAAAAAAAGACGUUUACCCGUUGCCGCGCAUCGAUGAUUCUCUGGACCGGCUACGACGAGCUAAGUACUUUUCAUCUCUUGAUUUAAAAAGCGGAUAUUGGCAGAUUGAGGUCGACGAGCAGGACCGUCAAAAAACUGUCUUUGUCGGUCUGGCGGUCAGAGACUCAGACUCAACGCUUCAGGUCGCCUGUUCUUCUAGAACGUGACAGUAUAUAUAGCGUCGA